AAAGCUUUUGAAACAUUUGAAAAACGGAAGACUUACCAGACGGUUUGUAACUGAAAAUUAAAGAAAAUUUAUAAUUAAUAAAAAAAAGAAAUUAAUUAAUGAUAAAUUUACAAACAAGUUAAAAAGAGAAUAUAGAUAAUAUAAAAAAGAUUUUACUAUAUAUUUUUUUUAAUAAAAAAAAGUGUUAUAGGAAGAUAUUGGAAACUAUAAAAAAAGUGUUUUUAAAAUUAAAGAAAAAAACAUAAAAAAAAAUAAUUAAGAAAAAAAACUAUUAACUUCAAAACAAACUUAAGCAAAAAACAAAUCAAACAAAAUGCGUCCAUUCGGUAACGAUAUUACAAAUAUUGCCAAUAAUGGCAACAACAAUAAUAAUAACAAUAACAACAAUAAUAACAACAACAACAAUAAUAAUGGCAAUAAUAAUAACAACAGCAGCGGCAUUAACACAAAUCAACCAUAUGAAGAUGAUCCUCGAGUACCGCCUCAUAUUGCCAGAAUUGGUGGAAUUGUUACAUUUUCACCUGUAGCUGGUCGUGGUGUUAUUCGAGUAGUGGGUCGCUGUGAGGAUGCCAAAGAGAACAGCAUGUUGGAUUUAUCAGAAUGUGAAUUAAUGCAAAUUCCCGAUGCUGUUUAUCAUUUAAUGCGCAAUACAGAAUUGAAAACCUGUGAUCUCAGUGGUAAUGUCAUCAAAAAGAUCUCCCCUAAAUUUGCCAUGAAAUUCAGUUUGAUAACAGAUUUAAAUCUAUCACACAAUCAAAUGACCAAAUUGCCUGAUGAAUUGGCAGAUUUAAUGAAUUUAACUAAACUCAAUAUCUCACACAAUUCAUUUAUUGUAUUGCCACCAGUGGUUUUCAAAAUGCCCAAAUUGAAAGAACUAGAUGCCAGCCAUAAUGCCAUUAUAGAAAUCGAUUCAGAUGAUGUUAUAGCCAGUGAUAGUUUAGAAUUGGUAGAUUUACGUCACAAUCCCUUGGGUCGCACCUGUCAUCGUAGACUGAAAAACGCUAAAACGCCUUUCCGUCUUGAGAUUUCCGAACUCAAUGAGGAUGAUGAAGACUGGUAAAAUCUACUUUAACUAUAUUGUUAAAUUAUGUUUUAUUUGCAUAAUGAAUGAUAUUCAUUUGUGAACAAAUGUAGUGAAGCAGAAGAAAAAUAACGAAAACCUAUACAUAUCUCAAUAUUAAGGAGGCAUUAUAUCUCUAAAAUCUUAAUACUUUUUUCUAUUUAACGAAAACUUAGCUUAAGUUUAAGUUCUACAAAUUUAGUUAAUAAGUUUUAUGUUUAAGUUUUUUUUAACAACAAAAUACUUGCCUUUUGAAAAAGAAAAUUAAAAACUAAAAAACUUUACAAAAAAAACCCAUUUUCAAUAUUCUGAUCUUAGGGUCUUAACUAAAGUAAAAAUUCUGAGUUAAGUGCUAAAAGUAUACUAGGAACUGUAGUUAAUUGAAAAUGGGGGCUAAGAGUAAGCUGGGGGCAAAUUCUGGCAAAUUCGAUAACGAUCGAAACAAACCUCAAUAGAAUUUUAAAAAAUUUUAUAAGAAAUUUCGUUCGCUUUCGAAUACCAGAAUUUGGCCCCUGAGUAUAUCGUUUGAAAACCUUUAACUAUGUUUUAACAAAUUAACUCUAAGCAAAUUGUAUAUUAAAUGAUAGUUUAUUUUACUAACUUAGAAUUUUCGUUUUUGUACAGUUUACUAUUUAUGUAUGUACUUAAUUGUUUAAUUGAAAGAGAAACAAAAAUUGCAGUUAAAAGAUCUUUAAAAAAUCCGAACUACUAAUUUCAAAACUUUGCAAUGAAUAUGAUAAGUAGUUACUUAAUUUUCUAAAAUCUUUAAAUUGGCAUUUGUGUUUCUCUUUUAUUAAAUCAAUUCUUUUAGUUUAAGUAUUAACAAAAUGAUCCAAAGAUUUUUUUAAACCAACCCUCCCCUAAACAUAUAUAAACACUUUUUUACUCUUGAUGAUAGAAUUUUUUGUUUGUUUGCGAACUUUUUUAAGUCUGGUCUAGUGGCCUAGAGAAGAAAAUUUACAACUGUGAUUGUCAUUGAUUAGUUUAAUUUUGAUUUUAUUUUUUCUAUAUUUUUAAUUUAAUUGAGAACAGACUUUAGAUCCAUGUGUGCUAGACUAUUUUCUUUAACUAGUCCUUUAUUGUAAGUGUACAUUUUUUUUUUGUCCAAAUGGAUCUUUUAGUAUUCGUACUUACUGCCCUCAUUAUUGUAUAUUUUAUUUUUAAAACUUUAUCUCUUAUUGUUAUUAUCUUUAUGAUUUUUAUGUUAAAUUUGUUUUUAUUUUUAUAAUUUUUAUUAUUAUUUGGUUUUAUGAUUUUCCAUUGAAAGAAAUAAAAUGUUCUAUUUAUUAAACUCUUUCAUUUGAAAGGGCAUGACAAUCAA